CAGGUUUCAGUUGUUUUACAGAAGUAAAAUAAAUUUUAGAGCUGCUGUUCAACACAACGGUUCAGAGGAGAAAAUAGAAAUAUCUAGAAAUAUUGUUUGAGCUGUGAGUGGGUGAAGGAUGAUGACAUCUGUUCAAGAGCUGUUCAUGAACUCACUGAAGGAGCUGGAAGCUGAUGCACUGAAGGAGUUUCAGUGGCACUUACACAAAGAUCAUGAGUGUAUAUCGAAGAGUGAAAUGGAGAACGCAGAUAGGGUAAAAACAGUGGAUAAGAUAAUGGUGUGUUUUAGACCAGAAGAAGCUGUGAAAAUCAUGGUGGACAUCCUGAGAAAGAUGAACCAGAAUAACUUGGCUGAACAGUUAGAGAACAAACACAAGAAAGCUCAGGCUGAGUGCAAUACUAACACAUCUGCCCAUGUGGAAGCUGAUUCAGAGCUGCAAAACUUUUUGAAAACUCACAAAAACAACAUGAUGAAAAAAGCACAAUUUAUUUUUGAGGGCAACAAAGAAAACAACACAGAUCUCGAGACUGUUUACACAGAACUGUUCAUCACAGAGGGAGAUAUGAAAGAUGUCAAUCAUGAACAUGAGAUUAUGAAGAUUGAUGAUGUUUUCCAGAACAAAAAAACACAGGACAAACCAAUCAAAUGUAAUGAUAUAUUUACUGAACUGAGGAAAAACAAUGAGAAGAUUGUGCUGACCAAGGGAGUCGCUGGCAUCGGAAAAACUGUAUCUGUGCAAAAAUUCAUCCUGGACUGGGCAGAAGGAAACACCAAUCAGGAUAUAGAGUGUGUGUUCCUGCUUCCAUUCAGAGACAUCAACGUGAUUAAAGAUAAAGAGAUCAGUCUCCAUGAGUUUCUGCUGAAAUUUUAUCCUGAACUGAAGGACCUGGAGAAAUCAAUGUUAUAUAAGAAAUGUAAGCUAGCGUUUAUAUUUGAUGGACUUGAUGAGAGUCGCCUGCCAUUAAACUUUAGUAGUGACACACUUGACACUGUUGAGGAAAGAGCAUCUGUAGAUGUGCUGUUUACAAGUCUGGUCACAAGUAAGCUGCUUCCAUCAGCUCUGGUCUGGGUGACAUCACGACCAGCAGCAGCCAAUCAGAUCCCUCCUCGGUAUGUGGGUUUGUUCACAGAGGUGCGAGGAUUCACUGACCAACAGAGGGAGGAGUACUUCAGAAAAAAAAUCACAGAUGAGACUCAAGCCUCCAGAAUCAUCUCACACAUUAAGACAACUCGUAGUCUCUACAUCAUGUGCCACAUUCCUGUGUUCUGCUGGAUCACAGCCACAGUACUUCAGGAUAUUCUCAUCAAGAAUAGUGAAAAUAACAUCAGCACAACACUCACUGAAAUGUACAUUCACUUCCUGCGGAUACAGAUGAACAUGAAGAGCCAGAAGUAUGAUGGACAGGAAACAAGAGAACAUUCAGACCAUUUAAAAUUGAAUAGAGAAAUGAUUUUGAAGUUAGCUAAGCUAGCGUUUAAACAGCUGAAGAAGGAAAGCAUUGUGUUCUAUGAGAAAGAUCUAAAAGAAUGUGGUAUUAUUGUGAGUAAAGAUACUGAGUUCACAGGAAUGAUCGCUGAGAUCUUUAGGAUGGAAGAUGGACUUUAUAAGACAAAGGCCUUUAGCUUUGUGCAUCUGAGUGUUCAAGAGUUCCUCGCUGCAGUGCAUGUGUUCAUCUGCUACCUGAACAAGAACAUGCAGGAGCUCCAGUUUUUCUUUGAAGAUUCACAAAAUAAAGCCCAACAAAAGCUUCAGUUCUUCUUUAGAAAUCUCAAAUUUCAUGACUUAACAAUGAGAGCUAUUGAUAAAGCCAUGCAGAGUCAGAGAGGACAUCUGGAUCUGUUCCUGCGAUUUCUGAUGGGCAUUUCACUGGAAUCCAGUCAGAUCCUGCUCAAAGGCCUGAUCACACACACUAAAGACACCAGUGUGAGCAUCAGGAAAAUAAGUGCACUCAUUAAAGAAUUACAAAAACAGGACAUCUCCGAUGAAACUUCAGUCAACCUAUUCUACUGCUUACUUGAGCUCAAGGAUCAUUCAUUAUAUGAGGAAGUCCAGAGUUACCUCAGUUCAGAUGCACAUCCAGGAAGAGACCUCUCAUCUUCAAUGUGUACAGUGUUGACAUCAGUACUGCUGAUGUCAGAGAAGCUGCUGGACGAGUUCAGUCCAAAGAGGUUCACGUCACCUUCAAACUACAAGAGACUCAUUCCAGCUGUGAGAUGCUGCAAAAAAGCCCUAUUUGACGGGUGUGGUCUUGAUGAAACAUGCUGUGAAACUCUGUCUUCUGCUCUACAAUCAUCAAACUCUCAUCUGACAGAGCUGGACCUGAGUAACAAUAAUCUGCAGGAUUUAGGAGUGAAGCUUCUCUCUGAUGGAAUGAAGAGUUCACACUGUCAACUGAACAUACUGAGGCUAUGUGGAUGUAAUCUCACAGCUCAGUCCUGUUACAGUUUGUCUUCAGCUCUGCAAUCCUCAAAUUCCCUUCUAAAUGUGCUGGACCUGAGUAACAAUGACCUGCAGGAUUCUGGAGUGAAACUGCUUUCUGAAGGUCUGAAGAGUCCAAACUCUAAACUCGAGAUAUUGAGAUUCUCCAUCUGUAACCUCACUGCUCAGUCUUGUGGGAGUUUGUCAUCAGCUCUACAAUCCUCACACUCUGUCCUGAGAGAGCUGGACCUGAGUAACAAUUACCUGAAUGAUUCAGGAGUGAAGCUGCUUUCCGAAAGUCUGAAGAGUCCAAAAUCUAAGCUGGAGAUAUUGAGAUUCUCCCUCUGUAACCUCACUUCUCAGUCUUGUGAGAGUUUGUCAUCAGCUCUACAAUGCUCACACUCUGUCCUGAGAGAGCUGGACCUAAGUAACAAUGACCUGAAGGAUUCAGGAGUGAAGCUUCUUUCUGAUGGAAUCAAAAGUCCAAACUGUCAGCUGGAGAUACUGAGAUUGGCUGGCUGUAUGGUGACAGAGGAGGGAUGUUGUUAUGUGUCUUCAGCUCUGACUUCAAACCCCUCAUGCUUGAGAGAGCUGGAUCUAAGCUAUAAUCACCCUGGAGAUUCAGGAGUCAAGCUGCUCUCUGAAAAAUUGGAGGACCCAAACUGCUCACUGGAUAAAUUCAAUGUGGAUCAUGGAGGAGAAUCCAGGAUUACAGCAGGACUACAGAAAUGGAUCUGUUUUCUCACACUGGACCCAAACACAGCACACACUCAACUCAUUCUGUCUGAGGAGAACAGAAAGGUGACACUUGUGUCAGAGAAACAGCCGUAUCCUGAUCAUCCAGACAGAUUUAAUUAUUGGGAGCAGCUGUUGUGUAGAGAGAGUGUGUGUGGACGCUGUUACUGGGAGACUGAGUGGAGUGGAGAUAGAGGUGUGUGUAUAUCAGUGUCAUAUAAGAGCAUCAGCAGGAAGGGAUCAGGUGAUAAGUGUUGGUUUGGAUGUAAUGAUCAGUCCUGGAGUUUGUUCUGCUCUUCCUCCAGUUACUCCUUCAGACACAAUAAGAUAGAGACUGAUCUCCCUGUAGAGUCAAUCAGCAGUAGAAUAGGAGUGUAUGUGGAUCACAGCACAGGAACUCUUUCCUUCUACAGCGUCACUGACAGAAUGAGCCUCAUCCACACAGUCCAGACCACAUUCACUCAGCCGCUUUAUCCUGGGUUUUGUUUCUUUUCUUAUGAAUCAUCAGUGAAACUGUGCUGAUGAAUCAAGAGACUGACGAGAGAUUCUACCCAUAAUGCUUUGAGCUGCAUGAUAAAUCAGUAACAGUGAGAUGUUAUAGAGUCUCUUGAUGACAUUAAUACUGCAGCUGACCUUCUGUCACUGAAAUAACAGUCAGAAUAAAUGUGUCAGAACUCAUCAUAUGCCUCAUUUACACUCCCAGUUAAAUGUGACCCAGUUUCGAUUUUUUGCUCAUAUGUGACACAGAUCGGAUCUGUUCUAUGACAGUGUAAACGGGAAAAAAAUGCAUGUAUUCAGAUAUUUCGAGAUCGGUAUCAGGCCUCAUUCAUAUGUUGAAAUAAAUCGGAUAUAAAUCAGAUAUGUGCCAAUGCGACUGUCAUGUAAAUAUGUAGAUCGGAUUUUCUAAAGCAUGGUGUUCUGUUGUUAUUAAAACUGCGACAAUUUGGUACUUCUCCACGGUUUAACGACCUCAUAUGUAACCCGU